GCGCUUCUUUCAUGCAUACAUUCACAAGGUUGUCAACCGGUUGUUGUUUGUGUGCACUUUUAAUUGGUGUCUGAGUUGUGAAUAUUCUUCUGACAAAUUUGGAUAAAAUAAAUAUUAAAUAAAAUUAAUUGCGAUAACUUCCAGUCUUAUAACAGAAAUGGCUGAACAAUCACCGGACCUUGUAACACGUGAGGAAAAAAUCAACCAAGCUAAGGAUUUUUAUGCACGUGGAUAUCGAAAUUAUGUUGUUGGUGAUUUCAAUGAAGCAGCUGAGGAUUUGAGUCGGUCUUGUGAAUUAUAUGCUGAACUCUAUGGCGACGAAUCAGAAGAAGUUGCAGUUCCGAAUUUAUUUUAUGGAAAAACAUUAAUUGAACUGGCACAGAUGGGUGAAAAUAAAUUGCUUGCUCUGCCAGAUAUUCAGGAGGAAGACGACGAUGAUGACGACGAUAAUGUUGGCGAAGAAAAACAAGGUAAAUU